CAAUCCACAGCAUCUUACUACAUUUUGAGUAGCAUUCUGAGCGAUUGUCUUGGAAAGGCUUUCAUCGUCUUCAGCUGACCUUUGACUGUUACUCAUCUCAGUCCAACCCUUACUUUGAAUUAGUUCCUUUCGAAGAUUUGACCUCCACUUCUUCUGAUUAAGAUUAAUCAAAUCGCAUCUAAGCCAAACUCAAAUUCAGAAUAAGAAACCCUUGAUCGAAUCUAGAAUUGGUUCAGAGACAACGUCAUCAUUAAUAAAUAACAACAACAUCAUCGAAAUUGUUAUUCUCCUUAUAAGAAACCUAUCAUCGAGCAACUUACCUCCAAGUCUACUUUACUACUUCACUCAUCAUGUAUCUUGACUUAUCAGAAACAAUAAACUCUUCGAGUUCAAAAAUGCUUUCACCAAGUACUGCUCCAUCUGAAUCAUCGGUCUCUUCAUCUCAAUUGAGUACAAAAGGUGUCAAACCUGCCCGCUAUCUCGCUCGGGUUGGUCCUAUGCCAUUCUCACCAACACAACCUAAUAGCCAAUUAUGUGCUUCACCACUUCAAUCGCCUUCGGCUUCAUCAUUCGAGCUCUCACCGAUCACGAUUGCUAGUUCAUCACCAUUGACCAAAUCCAAUUUGGCUAUCCUUACUUCCCUAAACUUGAACCCAUAUCCUGAACCAAUGGAUGAAGUUUCACAUUUCUCUGAUGACUCGGAAGAUUCAGAAUCUACCGUUUCAAGUUUCAGAGAACCUUUGUUCGAUGAAGAACAAGAUCAGGAUACAAUAACAACAAGUUUACCUAGUUUUUUACAAACCUGUGAAGCGAUUGGAUCAUCACAUCAGAAUAAACCGUCAUCUAGAAAUCAUACUCCUAGUUGUUAUCCAAUCUCCAAUCAAGAAUCGGUUGUAGGACGUAAUGAAUAUCCUUUUCCAAUCUCAACUUAAACCUCAAACUUUUGAUUUUUUCUCAAACUAGAUACUUUCGAUCACAGCAUACAUUAUUACAUUCUGAUUUGUCCUCCUAUCUGUGUAUCAUGUAUCACGACUUAUCCUUUUUCUUCCGUUCAUCAGUAUUGUUCUUUCAACAUCUCAUUGUACUUUUCUUGGAUGAUGCUUAUCUAAUAGACUUUGUUUCGUGCGAUCUUUUCCUUAAAGGCUUUUUAUUAUCCCUGAACACUAUUUAUUUCAACUUUUUAUCCCUGCUCACUUCCUUGAAUUCUGCCUGCUUUUAAAUGUGCACUUAUUCAUGUUAAUGACUGAUUUUGUUUAUCGAGCUCAUCACUUCUGUAUUUAUGCAUAGUCUACAUUACAUGCUGCUCUAUUGUUUUGAUUUUUUUCUUUUAUCGAAUUCGAGUCAAUCGAUUCAGAUCUGUGUUGAAUUUGAUAAGUUUGUUUUAAAGAGUUGAUCUUUUGAUAUCACUCACCAAUCAAGUUUCUUGACUUGUUUAUGAUCUGUUGGUAUUUAACUUUGUUUUUUUCAACUUAUCUAAUCUCUUUCUUGGAUGAAGAACUGUAGUAUUCCCCAAAAGAUCGAAAUGAUAUAUAUGAUUCGUCUUCAGCUAAC